AUGCCCAAGUCUCGUCACAGCACACUGCUCAAAUGCAAGACAAACUACAACCACGUGAUGAAGCUGAAGAGACAACCACCCUUUGUUGCUUGGCAGCUAAAGCUGCUGACUGCUAACAAUAUGGACACAAGAAGACCGCCAACUGCUAAACAUGUUAUCAAGACUUUAAAGCUUGCUCUUCAGCCGGUAAUCUCAGAUGUAAACAUAGUCUGGGACCUAGCAAAAGGGUGGACUGUGCACCAGAUCCCCUCGUCUCUUCCUCCUCUCUUCAGUGGUGACGGGCUCGUGGUGUAUGGUGUUCUUAAGGCUUCAGAAAAUGCAAAUGAAGGUGAUGACAAUGAAGUUAGGCUGGAAGGAAUGCUUGGAAAUGAUGAGAAAAUGCAACAUUCGGUCAAGUUCUCAACUCCACCCAUUGCUGUUGAAAACAAGGGAAAUGUUCUUCUUCAUCAGUUGGCAGCCAAGAGUUUCAUUCAAGAAAAGCAAGAUGGCUACAGCGAAAAGAACGAUGUGCAAGAGAUUGAAGAAGCCAAAAGGUGUACUAUCAGCAUCAGCAAAACAGCCAAUGUAGUGUCAAAGUUGACAUCGUUUGUGGCUGUUGAUAAAGGCAGUAAUCAGCCUGUAUCAGGACCCUUGAGAAAACACUUUGUACCCUCCUAUCAAAACGUAGCUUGCAGUAUGCCCAUGGCCCGUGCCCGUGUCAUGAAAAAGUCUGGUUUUGGAUUCAGCUUUUCAAAGUCGAGGACAAAAUCUUCAGCCAGGAAAACAAAAUCUAAAGGGCUUUUCUCUUCGCUAUUUAGAAGGAAAGCAAGUGCAGUCCCGGAAGUACAGUCCUUGAAGUACAGUCCCGAGCCAGCGGCGGAAGAAAAACCCUGGACUGUUAAGUGUGCUCGUCGCACGGAAAAAGAAUUUGAUGGAGGUUUUGAGAAAUCCUUAUGUCCCCCUCUUGAUCCAGAUAGGAUGUCUCAGGAAAUGAAGGAAGCCCCAGCAGCCUUGUCGGUAAUAUCUUUACAGGAAGCGUCAGGCUCAUGGGAUCUCACAGACCAACUGGUGUCACUGUGCGGUACAAGCAGAGAUGCUUUGAUCAAAGGAUGCCCUAAAGAGAUUGCAGCUGACACAGGUGAAGGGAAGCUGUUGUGGGCCACUGCUCUGGCUCUGGUGCUGUUGAUGGGCAAGUUCUUGGAUCAGAAGGAUGAAUGGGAAAUGAUUGCUGAAAAAGGAUCAAAAUGGAUCAAGAAAAAUCUUCCAGCAGGUGUCAAAUACGACAAUGUACUGGAGGCCGCAGCGACUACAGUUUCUGUUAAAAUUUAUUAG